AUGACCAGGGCCCAACCUCGAGCUAAAGCAAUUUUGGUUUCUGUCAGCACCGUGGCGCAAAAGGGAUUUGAAGACGGAGAUCUGGGCAUGUUCGACGGUAUUGCGUUCGCUCCAAGGCCGUUUCUUGAGGCCGACGUUUUCCUCCAAGCACGAGACCAGGAAGACGCUCCACGCGGAGCGGCUGGUUUGGGUCCAUGUUCGCACAACACCUCUUCGCGGCCACCCACGCCACCCACCCUGCCCGCCAUGGACCUUGCCGCCCCGCCAGAGAGCCUUCACCCAACGCUAGACGCGGCAAGAACCGCAGCCAGGGUAUUUGCUACGCAGCACGGCUACGGAUUAACUAAUAGAGGCACCAAGUCGAGGCCCUAUAUAGGCGUGCCAAAGAAGCUUCGUAUGCAGUACGACAUAUCGAAUAACCGCCUAUUAACAGCCUACGUUCGCGAUGCCUCCUCCCGAGGCACUACCUACCCAUUUAAAGUUAAUAUUCGCCUGUAG